UCAGAGUUCCGUAACUAAGAACGUCUACCAAGUGUGACUUAAUGGGAUGUUUAUAUUGAAUUCUCACCUCAUUAUAUACAUAAUUCAGUGUUUUAGUGAAGACAAUAAUGUGGGUGGAAUUUUUUUUACUAUAUAUGUGUAUGCGAAAUUUUGUGUCUACAUAACAAAACAGGUCUACGGCCUAUCUGAAAAUAAAAAAAAAUAUCCUGAAAACGUGAGUCAGAAAUUUUUCGAAAAUUAUGUAUUUUGGCCAUUAAUAUACAGUUUUUCACAAUUUACAUUAAAAUGUAAGAAGAAGACUCAUUUUUUUAUAUACUGGAGAUAACCAUUAACUGGUAUCGUUAAUGGUAUAAUGGUAUCGUGUGAGCGGAGUCUGUGGUAACUGAAAAGUACAGGGAAGUGAUAAUCAAACAAAGGCGGAUAUUAACACUGCAAGAUAACGAAUCCUCGUUAGUGACGACCAGACGUUUUGGAACGGCAAGUACCACGCACGUUCUCUCUACGUACGUUCCUUUCACCACGUACGCUGACUACACAGAACAGAGAACACCGCCGCCAAGGACAGACGUCCGUGUUCUUCCGAGUGGUCGUCCGUGUUCUCUCCGCCAGAGAUGCGUGUUCUCUCAUGAGUUGUUCUGUUCUUCUACAGGAAGAACAUUGUAGAACAUUAGAUGUAGAUUAUAUUGAAGAGCAAAGUUCUCAUUCCUUGAGACUGAGAGACAUAUUUCACCAUCUCUUUUGUCUCAGUGGAUUAAUUUGAGAGACAUUUCUCAUUCCUAUGACAUUGAAUUUACUGACUGAGAGACGUCUCUCCUCACACAAAGGGUUAAAUGAGAGACAUCAUCUCUCGCAAUACAGGAGACUAACAGAGAUAAACAUCACCUCGGGUAUCACAGAACAGCGAUACUAGACAACGUUUCGCCGUACACAGAGCUUUAUAAAGCUCUACUGUGGUUUUUAGUGAAUAAUAAAAGGCUUAUGUGGUUUUUUGUUAUCAGGAACUUAUGUAAAUUAUCUUCGUAAUAUUUAUAACGAAUUACUUUUGGAUUAUCUCUGUAUCAUUUUGAAAUGAAUGAAGAGGGUAUUUUUUUCACCCGAGAAAAUGGUCUGGAUUAUUUUGGAGUGAGUUAAGAAUCUUUGCCAAAAAUGAAAGACUGAUUUAGAUGUAACGAUGUUAAUGUUUUUUUGAGGUUUUGUAAAGCUAAGAACAGAUGUGAGGGAGGCAGGUGUUAGAUGCUUAAACACCUGUGUGGUGUUGUAAGUGUUAAGGGAAUCCUCGUUUGAGUGAAGAAUGUUGAAGCUUUGAAGAAAGAGUCGAAUUUACAUUCUUAAUUGUCUGUGUUACCACUAGCAACACUAGUGGACGGAAGCUGGGGUCUGUGUUACCACUAGCAACACUAGUGGACGGAAGCUGGGGUCUGUGUUAACACUAGCAACUCUAGUGGACGGAAGCUGGGGUCUGUGUUACCACUAGUAACACAAGUGGAAGAAAUUAGACGCCCAUCAAACAUUGUCACACAAAUGUUUGUACUGUCUAUUCAUCUUCUUGACAGAAGAAUUAGUUACCUCUGAUGUUUUUGUAGGUUUGUAUCGUUGAAUCUAAGAAAAAGUUAAAGCCGUCAGCUUUAACUCCAUAAUGUUUAAUGAGAGAUGACCAACAUUCACGCUGUGGAUGCUUACAGUCUCCUAAGGUCAUAAAAUGAUGGGAGUAUUGGUAAGACUGACUCUGUCCAUCCUGUGGUGUGGCUCAGGUGUGGCUGUCGCAGCCAGGGAACACAAAGUAAUGUGCCUUGAUAUGCUCCAUCCUUUGGUCCAGAGUGAGUAUAGACUCCUUGAGCGUCCUCAUGACUGGAAUGACGAAGUCUUGGUGAGGAGCGAAGAUACUUCGACUACUGGUAGCGCUUAUGCGAGGAAGCAAGAGGUUGAGGAGGCUGAGGAGCAGUUGAAAUUGAAUCACGGUUACCAAGCAACAGACCUGAAUCAUUACAUCCUCUUGGCAACUUAUGACUUCAGAAUUCCUUCAAAUAUUUCCUUAGAAGAUAGCAAAAAUACUAGUGGUAGAGGAUUGGAUGGUGUUGUUUAUCAUGAGAAGAAAGACGAAUCAAAACGCAAGGAAUCGAGAAAUACAGAACGGGUUUCACUGCUAAGUACAGACAAUCCAAAUGGGUUUGAGGGUCAUAGCAGGGAAGAGACGGGCCGAGAAGGACUCGAUAACGAUAUGUUUUUUGCAAAUAAGGAACAUGAAGUGACCGAUAUGUUCGACAUUGAUUUUACAUUAUUCACUUCAGAAAUCACAGUUCCUUGCUGGUGGGUGUCUGGAGGCUCCAGUAAAAAGGAAAGUGCCUUCUUGACUGUAGCUCUUGUCGGCGGAGACUUCCUUGAAGAUUCUGAUAGCAGAGAAGAACAAAUACGAGAGAAAUAUGGGGACUAUGUCUUCAGGGUCGCUCGUGCCCAUGAAAGAAAAGUUGAAAGCAAGGGGAAAAAGAAACUGGCAGAUGCUGUCGAAGAUGCAGGAGACAAAGCGACUAUUCCGGAGACUGUAACUAGAGUGAAUAAGGUAUGGGCAGCGAUAGAGGAACUGAGAAGUUUGUGGAGGUCUAAACCAGCUGCGAGAUUUGUGCCUCACACGCCUGCCUCAUCUCAAUCACGGCAUCAGCAUUAUUAUCAGCACAAUUCUGACGAUUCAUCUACGACAGGAAAUAGUUCAAGCGAGACACAGGGUGCAGGAACUCCUGACGCUCUUCUGAUGGACGACUCACACAAACACAGAGAGCAAAUGAAAAACACACGCAGAAAGAGCAAGAAAACGGGACACUGUUGUGGAAGACAGGCAAGUGACGACACACACCCUCAUAGUCCAGUACCUUUCACGGCCAUCUAUUCUCCAACCAACAUCUCUGAUGAGGUGUUCCCAGGGUCGCUGCCGGAGAGUAAACUGAAGUACCACCUUCGCUUCCCUUCAACAUCCCCGUGGCACAGUUUCCGCCACGCUGUUGAUUUCCACAUGCUCAACACUGGUGUCCUUUACUUCCCCCUACUGACCGCCGCCACCUACCAUCUUCCCCUACACACCUGCUUCCCUUCUGACCUUCCAGUAUCUACCGACGACACCCGCUUUAAUCAGCGCUCCCGAUCGCGCACACGGAAUCCAAACGCUUGUAAAGAAGGGAAACACAAUGCAAUCCCAGUCGACGUGAGUCCCCUUCUGCAAGCUUGGCUUCAAGAAAAUCCGCCCUGGAAACGACACACAUCAAAAAUGUCACUAGUGAUGUUCACUGCAACACAUAACUCAGGACACCACAUAGUGCCCAAUACCAGUACACAUGACUCCCAAAACAAACGUGGGAGUGAACUAGAAAUUCAAUCUACUGUCUCGGCCCCAGUUCCUGCCUUACAUACCGUCCUCGACACGAGCAGCAGCAACUCCCCCUUACAAGACGAUAAUAGGCCUGCUUACAGCCCCUUACAGCCAAACAUGGAGAAUGACAGUCACAGGGCCAAGCUGGACGCCCUGCUCAGCGCCUCUCCUCCAAGGCUGUCACUCGACUACUGGCUGGACGGUAAGUGGACUCAUUAUAACAACCUGUCUUCUCAUUAUAUUUUAGGUGACGGAGACGACGCUCCAGAGGACAACUGCUCAUCAUCCCUCUAG